AAUGCUCAAGAUAAAUUUGAAGAAACUGUAAAUUGAUAAAAAUAAAUAAUAAUUUCAUUGUUUCUUUUUUUUUCUGUUGAUUUUUAUUUGAUAUUAGAAACGUAAACAAGAUACAAAUAACAGUGAAAUAUCAGCAGCAAUGCCUGCUGUACUUUUACGAUUAUUUUCAACACAAGAAACAUCUACACAAAUGACUAUGAAUAGUGAAGAACGUGGAGAAGAAUUAAAAAAAACAUUAGGUAUACCAGGAAAAUCAGCAUUAAGUGUAACAGAAUUAGAAAAACAAUUACUUCAACCAUCAUCAUCAUCAUCUUCUCAAGAGACAACAAAACCUGUUAGUAAUAAUGAUAUUAUUGUGAAGUCUAUACCAAUUGCAACGAAAAGUCAAAUACAAACUCCACCUCAAUCGUUAUCACCUCAUAUAGCAACACAUUCACAUUCCAUUUCAUUAAAUUCGAAUCCUUUUUAUGGACAUGAUACAAUUCCUACGACUAGCAAUCGAUUAAUGAGACCAGCAGACUUUCAAGCAUUACAAAUUACACAGUCACCAGUUCUAACUACUUCUACACAAAAUGAGUCUUUAUCCUGUAAUCAUUGUGAACAACAACAAUCUCCAUCUGUGAAUCAGUUUUCUAAAGAUAAUCUUCGACAAUUACUAGUUGACAUACUUCAAAAUGAUGAAGAAUUUGUAACCGGUUUACAUAAUGCUUACAUUGAAAAACAAACUAUUUUACGUCGUAUUUACUCUUAA